UGUAUCCGGCAUCGGGCGCGAGGUUUAUAUUGUUACAAAUCUUCAAGAUAGUUUAAAUAUUACUUACUUUUGUACGAUAUUCUCAAGUUGACUAUUCCAAGAUGUGUUUCGAACAAUCUCACUACGUUUUGGUCUCACUUUGACACUUUAUGUUGAAGUCGUGUCGUUAUGAAAGUUAGUAGUGUCUCUCAGCGUCAUGGUGGGACAAACGAUACAAAAUAGGGAUGAUCCAAGUCUCUGGGAAUGGAUUUACCUCCAGGAAGCAUGUACGAUACUUUGACAGAAGACCUCUGGAAAGAACUGGGACCAGUGGACCCAGACUGGUUCAAUGUUUUAACAGCGAAAGCAUCCGCCGCUCUUGAGGGAAACGCCUCAGAUCAGGAGGACCUAUGUGCAAACCAGGAGGCAAACUUCAAAACACCUUUGGAGAAAACCACAGUGGAAAGUCAGCUCUUUUCAACGCCAAAAGUAUUCAGACGUGCAUGUGUUUUGUUCCCGGACACCGAAGACAAACAAGAAAAAGAAACCGCUCCAUGGGUUACAAGAAGUCCAUAUUUGUUUCAUCUUUCAAAAGAGACGACCAAGGGUUCAAAAUAUGGAGAGGCACAGCCCCACACUCGCGACUGUUUUGGCCUAGAUCUGCUUCAUACACCACAAAAAUCCCCACUGAGCUACGCCCAACACAUAUCUGAAAGCCUCGGUGCAAACAUUCACCCUGACAUAUCAUGGACCAGCUCUCUGAAUACACCACCUGCUCUGGCGUCCACCCUGAUUUUAUCUAAAACCGAUGAAAGUCCUUGCUCUGCGACAUUCUUUGAUGACAAGAGUGUUGUGUUUGUUCGGAAGCUCUUCCCUUCUCUUUCAAAUGUUUCCAGAAAUGAAGCAACAUCACCCCAAAGCAAUGACCUGUCUGUGAUUGUAGAAGAUGCUGACCCUCCAGAGGUUGCUCCUCAUCCUGAGUCCCCAAAGUCAAAUUCCCAAAACCAGAGCGAGGGCAUCUGGAGACAAAAGCUCCCACACGGCAAUGAGGACGAGGGAAUUUGCAGCACAGUCGGCAAUGUUCUCGAGAGACAGGAAAACACCCUGUCAGUGGUUUUUGCCAACACCCAUUUGGCGCUGAGAAAGGUGAAGGCUGACAAUACGAAAAGGAGGCAAUCUAUUUUGGCGAAAGAACACAACAGCAGCUCCGCAGAGUCCAAGCCUGCAUCCAUUGAACAAAGAGAAUCUGAUGUGGAGACCGCUCUAAAAAGUCCUGUGAAAAGUGAAGAGGCUGUACUCACACAGUGGUCACCAUUGAGUUUAUCUGAGAUUCCAGCCACCACUGUGGAAACUAAUGUUGCUACACUACAAGAUGCAAGUACAGCACAAGUAGAGAGUCAAUGCAGGUCUGAUCAGCCAGUCAAACCAUCUGUGAAUAUAUCUGAUUCCGCAUUUAUCAAGAAAAAGAGAACAUUUGUCUACACCAUUGACAAGGAAAGGCUGAAGGAGAAAUCUUUUCAAGGCCAUAACCAACAUGGUAAGCUGAGUCCUCAAGCCAAGGAUGAAGCAGACUUCAGCAGCAAACAUCUGCAACAGGGACACAUCCCUGAAGAAAAGCUGCCUCCAUCUCAUCGCUCAAGCAUGCAGGAUUUGGAUAUGUCGCAGCUUUGCAGAGCAUUUGCGCAAGAUUUCAGUCAAGCUUCCAACUCUGUCGCACCACCUAAGGUAGCGCUGCUUCCUCCUCCACCUCUUUAUAGCGACAGCUUCUCUUCAUCAGCAUGUCUGACUGCAUUGAAGGUGGCUCGACAGGAAGCCAAGAGGCAAGCUAGCCUUAGUUGUGUGCGUAAAAAGUCUCUUAAUAAAUCCCAUGAGUGCAUCGCAGAGGACGCAUCGGGUGACAGCGGCUUCAUGUCAGCCGGUGCUGACAUCUCUCAUGUGACUGCAUCCUCUGCUCUCCCAAGCGAGGAGAAACCGGGUUCUAGUGCACAAUGUACUACUCCUUUGAAGUAUACAAGUAAAGAACUUAAAACACACAUUGAUGUCACCUUAUGCACUAAGGACACACCUGUACAGUCACUCAGCUGUCCAAAAGCAGAUGCCGACAACUUAAACUGCGCUUCAGGUUCAGUUCAAUAUGAGUAUCAUGAAAGCGAGAACGCUGUUUCGCUUCCCUCUAUACAGGCAUCAGGGUUCAAAACUGCAUCGAACAAAAGAGUAAGCAUAUCAACCGCCAAUCUUCAGAGAGACAAAAGUCUCUUGGAGGAGACUGAAGCACAAACGCUUCUCGGUGAUCAAACCAUAAAAGUUCCUGCAGCUGCAACUGUGGCUUCUGGCUCAGGCCAAAAAGUGGAUGACUGCCAGCUGACCGACUCCCAGAGGGCAGAGGUAAUGGAGCUGUGCACACUCCUUGAAGAAGCUGACAGUCAGUUUGAAUUCACUCAGUUUAGAACUGCACAGUCAACCCAAUCGGGCAGAGGAAGUGGCGUCCCAUGCCCAAAAGCGGACAGAGAACUUGAUCCCAACUUCCUGUCGGGGAUAGAUUUUGAUGAUAGUUUUGAGGCAGAAAAGCAAGCGACCAAUCUUGAACAAUCCAAUCUCUCAAGAAUACCUCCAAUCGCACCUUUGUCCAGUUUUAUGGAAACGAACGACAGGACAACUUCUGCCUUCCCUGCUGGGAUCUCACCUAGAGGAAGCACAUCCGAAACAGCAGAAGGAAACUUUUUGAGAGUUUCCAAAAAGUGUUUGAGGAAAGCCAGGGCUUUAUUUCAGGAUUUGGAGGAAAGUAUUUCCACACAUCAAACAAAGAGUAGAGACCCGAGGCAAGAGGACCAGUUGGCAUUUGGCAGUUACAAAGCUGAGGAGACAAUUCAAAGUGGCUUUUCACCAGUCAAACCUGUCCAACAUGCUUCAAUAAGCUUGGAAAACUCAGCCGCAUGUCCAAGUGGCUUCCAGAUGGCCAGUGGGAAAACUGUUUCAAUUUCAGCCAAUGCAAUGCUAAAGGCAAACGCUUUCUUCAAAGAUUGCGCCAAUAUGGACAAUAAUGGUACCAAAAAGAGUGUAGAAGAUGGACUACAUCUUGUACGGAUUGACCCUUUACCUAAAGCAGCAUCUUCUUCACUGAAUCAUGGUUCCUCUGUUGAUAUCGACUCUAGCAGCAGUGCUCGGUUCUGCACAGUUAGCGAGAACAAGGUGUCUGUGUCAGCCAAGGAAAUGGCAAAAGCAAAAAGUAUUUUGCAAGUCGACAACACAAGCACAGAAACUAAACAAGGAAGUUUCCCAGGAGUUGACCCUGUCAACCAUCAGCCAUGCGGAUUCCAAACAGCCAAUGGCAUAAGAGUUGCUAUAUCUUCUGACGCUCUUAAAAAAGCAAAAUCCUUGUUUGAUGGAAUCAAAGAUGAUGUAGAUAUUGAAACAAAAUGUUCCAAAACCCUAGCCCAAAGUCCUCCAUCAAUGGGGUGUGAGUUCCUGUCUGCUACUGGAAAGCAAAUGUUGACCAGCUACCUCUUUGAUAGUCUACCUGUUUCUACUGAAAAGAUGGAUGAAAAAACAGGAAAUGCUACAAACGUGGAGAAGAUGGAUGGUUGCUUUUCAACAGCAGGUGCAACACUUGCAGGUGUGAGAAAUUUAAAAACUCUAGACUUGUUGACUCCAGACAGCACUUUACCCACUGAAGUACUGCAACAAGCAGAUGUUUACUUUAGAGACAUGACAGAGAGCAAUGAGGGAUUGUUAGUAAAAGAGCAGCAAACAAAGGAAAUUGUUCAAGAUGAAUGCUUUAAUGCAAAUAUGCCCAUGGUUAAAGGAUGCGGAGACAUUAGAAACAUGGAAGCUCCAUCAUUCAAUAACACAAACGAGUCUUCAACUCUACCUUCCUUCUUGCCAAAAAACACCAGAUCUUGUUCCGUGGGUGGCAGUGGUUUCCAUACUGCCAGUGGAAAGAGCAGGUCUGUCUUGGAUGAAGCAAUGCUGAGAGCCAGGCCACUCUUAGAUGAUGUUGAAAAGGAAAGCCAACAGCAACAAUCAAAAGCUGCUUCUCUAACCAGCAAGGAGGACAUUUUGCAAAGUGUUGGGUUUCAGACAGCUGGCGACAAAAGAGUUUCUGUUUCAUCUGCGGCUCUCAAGAAGGCAAAGUCCUUGUUCAGUGACUGUGAAGAUCAGGAUGAAGUCAGUGACAUGUUGAGGAGGCCAAAUGUGAACAAUCCCAAAAGUGUGUAUUAUAAAGCAGAUUCUGCCCAUGAAACUCUUGCGAAAGCACCCUUUGGCUUCUGGACAGCCGGUGGGAAAAGAGUGGCCAUUUCAUCUGCGGCUCUUAAGAAUGCAAAAUCCCUCUUCAGUGAUUGCCACGAAGAGGACAAAGCCAGUGAAAAGAUGUUGACUACCUCAAACUUAGAAAAUUCCCAAAGUGUGUUUUAUACAGCAAAUUCAACCCUCCAUGCAUCUAUGUCUAACAGUAGUGGAUUCUGCACAGCCAUUGACAAAAAAGAGGUUGUAUCUGAUGAUGCAAUGACAAUAGCAACGUCUAUGUUGGAUGAAAGCAUCGGAGUUGAGGGUUUGGACAAACUACACUAUCACAAAAAUGUUGGCUUCCAGACAGCCAGCGGCAAAGGAGUGGCUGUUUCAUCCGCGGCUCUCAAUAAGGCAAAAUCCCUCUUAAAUGAUUGUUAUGAAGAUAAGGGGAAAAUCACUGAAAAUAUGUUACAUCUGGACAAUUCCAAACAUGUGUUUGAGCCAGCAGAUUUAGCCCCCAACGUGUCUUUGUCCAACGGUGGCGGAUUCUGCACGGCCAGUGGCAAAAAGGUUAUUGUAUCCGGUGAGGCAGUGACAAGAGCAAAGUCUUUGAUGAAUGAAAGCAUCAUGGUUGAGGGCUUGGAGAAAGCGCAAUAUCACAAAAAUGUUGGCUUCCAGACAGCCAACGGCAAAGGAGUGGCUGUUUCAUCAGCGUCUCUCAAGGCAAAAUCUCUCUUAAAUUAUUGUUAUGAAGAUAAGGGGAAAGUCACUGAAAAUAUGUUACAUCUGGACAACUCCAAACAUGUGUUUGAGCCAGCAGAUUUAACCCCCAACGUGUCUUUGUCCAACGGUGGCGGAUUCUGCACGGCCAGUGGCAAAAAGGUUCUUGUAUCCGGUGAUGCCGUGACAAGAGCAAAGUCUCUGAUGAAUGAAAGCAUCACGGUUGAGGGCUUGGAAAAAGUGCAAUAUCACAAAAAUGUUGGCUUCCAGACAGCAAGCAGCAAAGGAGUGUCAGUUUCAUCCGCGCCUUUCAACAGGGCAAAAUCCGUCUUCAGUGAUUGUCAUGAAAAUGAGGAGAAAGUCAGUGAAAAGAUGUUAAAUGUGGACAAUCUGAAACAUGUGUUUGACCCAGCAGAUUCAACCCUUUCAUCUACAUCCAGCAGUGGUGGAUUCUGCACAGCCAGCAAAAAAGUGCUUGUCGUCGAUGAUGCAAUGACAAGGGCAAACUCCAUGUUGAAUGAAAGCAUUAUAACUGAGGCCUUAGACAAAGCACGAUAUCACAAAAAUGUUGGAUUCCAGACAGCCAGUGGCAAAAUAGUGGCGGUUUCAUCUGCAGCUAUCAGGAAGGCAAAAUCUGUCUUCAGUGAUUGUUAUGAAGAUGAGGAGAAAGCCAGUGAAAAUAUGUUUAAUGUGGACAAUCCCAAACCUGCGUUUGACCAGACCGAUCCAACCCCCCUUGCAUCAACAUCCAGCACUGGUGGAUUCUGCACAGCCAGCAAAAAGGUGCUUGUAGCCAAUGAUGCAAUGACAAAAGCAAAGUCCGUGUUCGAUGAAAAUAUCAGAUUUGAGGCCUUAGACAAAGCGCAAAAUCACAAAAAUGUUGGCUUCCAGACAGCGAGUGGCAAAAAAGUGGCAGUUUCAUCAGUGGCUCUCAAGAAGGCGAAGUACCUCUUUAGUGAAUGCCAUGAAGAUGAGGACAAACGCAGUAAUAACAUGCAUAAUAGCAUGAAUGUGUACAAUCAGAAUUGUGUGUUUGAUACAGCAGAUUCAACCCCCCAUGCGUCUACAUCCAGCAGUAGUGGAUUCUGCACAGUCAGUCGCAAAAAAGUGCUUGUAUCCGAUGAUGCAAUAACGAGAGCAAAGUAUGUGAUGGAUGGAAGCGUCACGGUUGAAGGCUUGGACGAUGCACACCAGCAUAAAGAUGUUGGCUUUAAGACAGCCAGUGGCAAAGGAGUGGCCAUUUCGUCUGCAGCACUCCAUGAAGCAAAACCUCUGCUGAGCGAAUGUAAUGAGUCACAGGAUGAAGCAAAUGAUGCAUCUCAUGGUCAUCCAUCCACAAAUUUUGGAUUUUUGGCAGCCAGUGGAAAGCCUGUGACCUUCUCCACUGAGGCACUCCAGGAAGCAAAAGCUCUUUUUGAUGACAUCAGUCCCAGAGAGGAUGGCCCGCUGGCAAAGACAUCUAAUGUUAAAGAUGUGAAAAGAACCUUUCAAACCCCGACUGUGGUAGGAAUCGCAGAAGGUAUGAAAACUAUUUCAAAAGAAGAAAAGCCGGAAGCUGCAGAAGCAUUGAAGCACAAAGAGGGCAGCCUCAGAGGUCAGCAAAUGCUGGACCGUGAAAUAAGUGAGGCGUGCGACAGAGACACAACUGAGCCACAGAGUUUCGAAGGGCCUGCUAUAGUCAACUUUCAGUCACUAGACCUGAGUGACUGCACUGAAACCCAGCAGAUAUUUCUGGCUCAAGAAGCAAUGGACUGCACCAAAGCUUUGCUGGAGGAUGAGACUCUUGCUGGGCCCUCCAUGACGUUAGAAAAUAUGCAGCCGAAAAACUCCUACUCCUGCAAAGCUGUUGGGAAAAGAUCAGCAGAAGAUGCUGAAUUGAUCGACCAGCCUCCUCUGAAAAGAAGCCUGCUGGGCGAAUUUGAUAGGACUGUCGACAGUCGUAGAGCCUCAAGACUCUGUCCACAAACAAGUUCUCCAAAUGGUUUGUUAAAGGACAGGCCGGCCUUUAAGUACAACGUCUCUCUUCAUCCCAAAAUCACAAGGCCACACAGAGACGGGAUGAGCUACGUGGAUCUCAAAUCACCAACAACAACACAGCACAGCUCAACAGCGGGAGGCAGCAGAUUAACUUUUCCCAAGAUUCCUUCAUUUGUACCUCCAUUUUUCAAGAGAAAGGAUGCGCAACAGAGCAACGUGUACGAGAGCAACAACGCUAACACACGUCCUGCAUUUGUUCCUCCCUUCAAGAAACAAAGAACUAUUGUCCCACAGAACUCCACGAAACCUUAUGAAGAAGAAGAGAAGGAGGGGGAAAAACAUAUUUGUGCACACUUAAAUAGCAACACAAGCAACAAGGCAGAGCCCCCUAGUAGGAAUCCUAUCUCUAAUCAAACCCAUUCCGCCUGUCAUGGAGCAGAGGAGAAUACAUACUGGAGUCAAGAGGUGAUGCAGGGUGAGAACAUUGAGCUGGCACGAGACAUGCAACACAUGAGGAUCAGGAAGAAGAAGCGCCAGUCCGUCCGAGCUUUGCCUGGCAGCUUGUUUCGAAUUAAAACGUCCGGCGUGACAAGGAUGUGUUUAAAAGAAGCAGUGGGUGGGAGGUACCCAGCCAAGUACACUGAGAAACAACUGUAUGAAUAUGGAGUGCAUCGGCAUGUGUCCCAGAUCACCAGCGGGACUGCGGAGGCUUUCUGCUUCAAACUUCAACAGUUCUACAAUAAGGAUGCGUUUGCAGACGAAGGCGCCGUUCAACUAGCUGACGGCGGACACCUCAUUCCCAGCAGAGACGGGAGUGCAGGCAAAGAACAGUUUUAUAGAGCGCUCUGCGACACGCCUGGUGUAGAUCCCAAACUGCUGAGUGAGGAGUGGGUGUACAAUCACUACAGGUGGGUUGUGUGGAAGCUGGCGUCUAUGGAGCAGUCCUUCCCGCAAACAAUGGGAAGUCUCUGCCUCACCCCGGAAAUGGUUCUACUGCAGCUCAAGUACAGGUAUGACGUGGAGGUGGACCACAGCCGCAGGCCGGCUUUGAGGAAAAUCAUGGAAAAGGAUGACAUCGCAGCCAAGACUAUAGUUCUCUGUGUUUGCGGGGUCGUCUCGCAGCAAGACCGCGGCGAGCCCAACACCCCACAAGAGGGCGGCGCCCAUGUCCAGGUAGAGAAUCAGUGUGCGGUGGUGUGGCUCACAGAUGGCUGGUACGCCAUCAAAGCCCAGCUGGACCACCCGCUGAGUGCCAUGCUUGUCAACGGUCGACUGGCCGUGGGCGGGAAGAUUAUCGUCCACGGUGCUCAGCUGGUAGGGUCUCAGGAGGCUUGCUCUCCACUAGAGGCACCCGAAUCGCUCAUGUUAAAGAUUUUUGCUAACAGCAGCCGGCCAGCUCGAUGGGACACUAAACUGGGAUUUUACAGAGAUCCUCGUCCGUUUCUGCUACCUCUCUCUUCUCUGUACGCCAAUGGAGGACCUGUUGGAUGCGUGGACAUAGUUGUGCUCAGAAGCUACCCCAUACAGUGGAUGGAGAGAAAGCAAGACGGAGGCGUCGUGUUCCGCUCAGCCCGUGCAGAAGAGAGGGAGGCGGCUCGAUACAACAAUCAUAAACAAAAGGCCAUGGAGAUGCUUUUUGCUAAAAUUCAGGCACAAUUUGAAAAUGAAGAAAAGGAUAACAAACCUGAACAACGGAAACGGGCUAUCAGUCAUCAGGAUGUUGCAGGUCUGCAGGACGGGCAGGAGCUUUAUGAAACAGUGGGAGAGGACUUGGUUGGCCUUGAGGCUCAUCUGAGUGAGCAGCAGCUGGAGACCCUGCAGGCUUAUAGGCGCACACUGAUGGAGAAGAGGCAGGCCGACAUGCGGGAUCGCUAUCAUCGCGCGCUGCAGAAGGCAGAAGACGGUGAAGCCAGUUGUCUUCAACGCGACGUCACCCCUGUUUGGAGACUCUGCGUCGUUGAUUCCUUGAAUCCAACUGGCAACAUUUACCAGUUGAACUUGUGGCGGCCAUCCUCUGACCUGCAGGCGUUUCUGAAAGAAGGCUGUCGAUACAAAGUCUACAACCUUGCCACUUCGGAUGGGAAGAAGCGCACUGGUGUUGCAACGGUUCAACUCACUGGAACCACAAAAACACAAUUUCAGGACCUGCGGACUUCCCCAGAAUGGUUGUCAACAUGUUUUCAAUCCAGAGUGUCUGCCAACUUUGUGGACCUUCAAGACUCAGAAUUCCAGUCCCUGUGUGGAGAAGUUGAUCUCUCUGGAUGUAUCAUCAGUGUCAUUGACAUACAAGGCACUUCUCCUGCAUUUUAUCUGGCCGAUGAGAAACUGAACUUUGUAAAAGUUCGCUGUUUCAGCAGCCUUCUUCAGGCAGGCUUGGCGGAUUUGGUGAAACCUUGCGCGCUGCUGGCACUGACUAAUCUUCAGCUGAGAGGCCAGUCCAUUCAUCCCACACCGGUUGUGUACGCUGGAGAUCUCUCCGUUUUUUCUGCAAACCCCAAAGAAGCAUAUCUUCAGGAGUCCCUCAGCCUGUUUAGAAACCUCCUCCGGGACCAAGACAAUUUCUUUCUCUCUGCUGAGGAGAAGCUCUCACAUCUACUGAAGUCUGAUGGCCACAGCUCUGUCUGCUCUACAGCACUGCCUCCUAAAACGCCUACGUUUGCUUCUGACAAGCAACACAUGAAGCCAAAAUCUAAGCAGCCACUACAAAGCCUCAGCUGCUUCACUCCUGUGAGUAGGAAUCUUCCUCCAGCUGACAGUUCCACAGAGAAAGACCCUCGAAGCCUGAAAAAGAGGAAAGCUUUGGACUUCCUUUCCCGUGUGCCGUCUCCUCCUCCAUUGUUCCAUCUGGGCCCAGCAGCCUCACCCGCUUUAAAGAAGACAUUCAAUCCUCCUCGAAGAUCCGGGACGCCCAGCACUUUAAAAACCGAACAAACGCCUGUCCCUAAACCUGUCUUGGCCCCGGCAGACGAGGAAUGGGUGAAAGAUGAAGAGCUUGCCAUGAUCGAUACGCAGGCGUUACGUGUCUGUGAUUCACUUUAAACUGUUACUUACAGUAGACUGUAUUGUAUUGUACUAUAAAUUAAGUCUAACUUCAAAAACAGGUUCAAUAAAUCUGUUUUAACCUGUUA